AUGGAAAUCGUGGCAACUCAAACUGUCUCAGGCAGCGAUAAUCUCAGUCACAGUGUAGAUAUCGAUGAAGCUGGUAUUCCCUGGAAGCCAGAUAGAAAAGAAUACAAAUCAACUGCAGUUGGGUUGCACGAAGAAAUAAUAGACUUCUUCGACUACAUAUCUCCUACACCGGAAGAACAGUUUGUUCGCGAAAUGGUCGUUGCCAGAGUCAAAGAAGUGGUAUAUGGCCUUUGGCCGGACUGUAAAGUUGAUAUAUUUGGAAGUUUCAAAACGGGAUUGUAUCUGCCUACAAGUGACAUUGACAUGGUAAUAUUUGGUGAUUGGGAUGCUCUACCACUGCACACUUUGAAACAUGCAUUGUACAAAAGUGGCAUUUCAUCGAAAAUCACGGUGUUAGAUAAAGCUACGGUCCCGAUUGUUAAGAUGACGGACAGGGAAACAAAUCUCCGUGUUGACAUAAGUUUCAACAUGAAGAAUAGUGUCAAAGCGGCAGAAUUAAUUUUGUCUUACAUGAAGACUUAUCCAUGCCUUCCAUACCUGGUGUUCGUAUUGAAACAAUAUUUGCGUCGACGAGGUUUGAAUGAAGUGUGGACGGGCGGAUUAAGUUCAUACGCACUCAUACUAAUGUGUGUCAGUUUUUUGCAACACACAACAUUCCCCGGCGUUGCCAUCUGUAAUAUCAACUUGGGCGUCUUGCUUGUGGAGUUUUUUGAACUUUAUGGACGACUUUUUAAUUAUAUGAAUACGGCCAUCCGCGUUACUAAUGGCGGUUGUUAUGUUCGCAAAGAGGUUGUGCAACGAAAUAUGGAAGGGAAUUUGCGUCCAUCGUUUUUUUGUAUUGAAGAUCCACUCUGUCCGGGUAACGAUGUCGGGCGUCGGUCGUAUUGUGCUCAUCAGGUAAAGAGAUCUUUUGAACAUGCUUACUCUGUCCUUAGCAGUGCUAUACUACCUCAUUAUCGUGUCAUACAUCCUGAAAACGAUACCACAGUACUUGGUCGAAUUAUUUCUGUUCACAAAAAGUCAGCUGAAUUCCGCAAAAACAUUAUGAGGUAUGCUACACGCUUGCAUCUAUCUCUGAUGUACAGAACGUUGCCACCAUUCAAAAGGCCACUGGCUGCUUAUUCUGCGGCUACAUGGGUUAGUCGGUGCAUCAUAAACAACAUGCACAGAAGCCGCUUAGAGUCAGAUGACCGACGGGACAGUUCAUCUGCACAGUUAUCAAUACCAGCCGGUGCUCUUGAGGAUCUGGCACCAGGUGUUUCACUUCCGCUGGCCUGGCCUCUCGAACGAACUCCUAUUGUACCCAAGUUUGAAAAACCAUUUACUGUUUUUCUUACUGAUGAAGAUAUUGCUGCAUCAACUAGAAAGACUCCUAGUGUUCUUAGCUCUGGUAGCUGUGAUGAUCACAUUGAGGUGAUUAGUUCUGAGUCUUCAGAUGAGGAGGAAUUUAAAGCAAAUAACAAUGGAGGAGGAGCUAAAGACGGGGAAUCUGGGGAAAACAAUAUGCUGGCUGCUGAGCGUGCUUCCUUAACUACCGUUAAUCAAGUGAGAAAAAAGCACAUUUCAACUGUUAAUAAGGAUUCGUUUGGAUGUUCAUCACGUAAACCGCAUCAAAGUCGUAAACGACGCUGUGUACGUACACAAACACCUUCACAAACAUAUGUGAGUAACUCUACAAAACACCCAGAAGCAGCUUCAUUAAUCAAAGAUGACCGUGCGAGUAUGCGGGACACUAUAUUCCCAGGACAGAGUACAACCUUUCAAAAUCGUUACCAUAGGAAAAGUAACUUUCAAAAGGCUUUUGGGAAAGCCCAUCAAAAUCCACUGCCUAAUGCUAUGAACUCUAGUAGAUCUCAGGUUGUUUCUACGUGCCCGAGUGAUUCGAAUACUAAUAAUUUUUCUUGCUCUUCUCAAGCGCACAAACGCCAUGCAGCGAGUUCUAGGCGUACAAAAUGA